AUGACACCUGCUUCGUUGGAGUCCCAGCCAACUUUGGCCACAUUGCCUCUUCCGGAAGAAGCGGUGCUCUCGAGCACCCAACCAUUCACCAACCGAUCUUCUGAGCUCCUGCUGGGAUGGCACUAUUCAGGUUCGAACCUGAAGUCAGGGGGGGAGUUUGACAGGCUGGUGCAGACCCUGUUACACCCUGAUUUCAAUCUAAAAGAACUGCCAGGAGUCUCGUUUGCUCGUGAGACCAAGAGACUGGACAAACACAUUGCUAAUCCAGAUAAUCCACUGCAGGGCCAAGAUGGAUGGCAUCAUGCGUCAGUAGAUAUCCGUCUGCCGCCCGUCGACAAACAAACAGUGAAACCUGAGAACGAAUCACCUAUUUUCACAGUCAGCGGUGUAUUCCAUAGGCGCCUUGUGGAUAUCAUUCGGGCCACCUAUGCUUCCCCAAUCUCUUGUAGCUUCCACAUGACUCCGUUCCGCCAAUUCUGGUGCCCUACGCCUGAUGCUCUACCCAUUGCCUUGUACUCGGAGAUCUACUCGUCUACCACCAUGAUUGAGGCCCAUCUAGAAAUUUCUGGCAUGCCACGCAUUGGCCCUGACGACACUCAUGAGCGUGUCGUUGCGCCCCUCAUGGUUUGGUCAGAUUCUACUCACCUGGCCAACUUUGGGUCCGCUUCCUUAUGGCCAUUUUAUUUGCAAUUUGGCUCGCAGUCGAAAUACACUCGGGGGAAGCCCACGUCGCAUUCAGCCCAUCAUCUGGCAUAUAUUCCUACGAUCCCCGACAAGAUCCAGGAAGCCUAUAUGAAGGUAUUCGGAAAGGCAGCCACAUCAGCGAUGCUCAGGCACUGCAAACGUGACCUGAUGCAUGCGAUCUGGUUGCUCCUGCUUGAUGCUGACUUCAUGGAAGCGUACGAACAUGGCAUGCUUAUUAACUGUGGAGAUGGCAUUGUCCGUCGCAUAUUUCCCCGGUUUUUUACAUAUUCUGCCGAUUACCCUGAGAAGGUUCUUCUUGCAGGUAUUCGAUCACUUGCGAAAUGUUUGUGCCCGCGAUGCAUGGUAGAAAAGACCCAGGUGUACAAGAUGGGCUCCAAACUUGAUAUGCGGCUGCGCACAAAGACGGCCCGAGUAGAUAAUGCACAACGCCGACACACUGUCGAGAUUGCACGGAAAAUCAUCUAUGAACAAGGCUAUGGCAUUGAGAGCAUGGCUGUGGACGCACUCCUUGCCAAUAAAUCAUGGGUGCCCACCCGGAACGCAUUUUCCUCAAAAUUGUCCAAAUUUGGGUUCAACUUCUACGACCUGUUUGUAGUUGAUCUCCUCCAUGAAUUUGAGCUCGGGGUCUGGAAGGCAAUUUUUACGCAUUUGCUACGCAUCUUAUGGGCUGCUGGUGGGGAUAAAAUACAAGAGUUAAACAGUCGGCAAGUACUAACUGGUCCAGAGAGAAUUGGUGCAUGA